AUGGCCGGCAUCAAGACCAUUAUCGGACUGUCCUUCGUCCUCGCGAUAGGCUUUCUUCUCGUCAUUCUCUCCGCUGCACUCUUCCACAACUACCUCACGCUCCUCGUUGUUGCGACCUACGUAAUCGCACCCCUACCCAACUGGCUUUGUAGCAGAGCAGCAAACCAUGAUGACUUUAUGGAGAGUUCUGGAAACGGUGUGGUCGACUUUGGAAGGUUCUUGACCGGCUUCUUCGUGGUCAUGGGUAUUGCUCUUCCAACCCUCCUGUGGCAUUCGGCCGAAAUCGCAGGAGGUGCCGCAGCUAUGUCCAUCUUCGGCGGUCUGUUGAUUUACGCGACUAUCAUCAGCUUCACGCUGUUCUUCCAGGAGCAAGAGGAUUUCUGA